GAUGAAAAGAAAAUGGCUGCCGGGUUUAACUGGUUUCUUGUACUGAGCUCUGUGUUUCUGUGCAACCUCGUCAAAACAUUCCUGCCAUCCAUUUCUUCAUUUUUGUCAAAGAUCUUCCAUAAAGAUGCAGAUCAGGAGAUGGAGAUGAGGACUGAGAUCCAGAACAUGAAGAUGGAACUGUCAACCAUCAGCAUGAUGGACGAGUUUGCCAGAUAUGCUAGACUGGAACGCAAGAUCAACAAGAUGACUGAUCAACUCAAAACUCUUGUUAAAUCCAGAACAGCACAGCAAGCAAAAAUGAAGUGGAUUGUAAAUAUAGCAUUUUACAUUCUUCAGGCGGCCCUCAUGAUCUCGCUCAUACUGAAGUAUUAUGCAGACCCUGUCACAGUAGUGCCCAGUAAAUGGAUCGCUCCAUUAGAGAGACUAGUCGCCUUUCCUUCUGGAGUUGCAGGUGGUGUUGGAAUCACAUGCUGGCUUGUUGUAUGUAACAAAGUGGUGGCCCUCAUUCUACAAGCUGUCAGUUAAGCGACAGUGUCAACAUAAAUGCACCAUGCCUGAUUUUCCAUACAACAACAUAUGCUCAUGAAUGGCCUAAACUCAGUGAGUUGUUUUAAAAGGAAAAAGAAAAAGUCAUUUACUGUUCCGUUCAAUGGUUCAUGUCUUGUGUUUUUAGUCUUCAGUUGUUGAUUAAUGGCAUUUAAAUGUCAUAAUUCACUAGCUAACUAAAGUAAAUAUAAACAGUGCAUUCCUAACAAAUCACAGAGUAGUGAUUGAGUCUUUAUAAUGUCAUUUUAUUUUUGUGACCAGCAAAACGUUUUGUUUUUAUUUAUUAAUUGUACCAUAAAUGUGUAUUUGGGGUUGUUUUGGUGUUCCAGAGUUUUUUGUCAGUGUUAUAAAUCUAUUUAUUGAUUUUGUUUUUUGAAGAACGAUGUCCUUACAUCAAUAAAUAUGUGAAUGAAAAAU